AUGGAGCCCUUCCCUGCUGUGGAAGACGCACAUGGCUAUCCCUCGUGUACUACUAACCCUUCAGACUCAAAUAGAGACCCCCAACGCUCCAACACCGUCUCUUCAAUCACCUCUUGCAGCCUGCAAAGUGCCUCUCUGAGGUUCCUUGUAUCAAACCCUCCCACUGGCAUGUGGAUGGCUACAGGGGAUAUCAUUUCUCGUGCACCCACUCUUAAAGAGAUCCGUACUGGCUGCUUCAGCACUGAUGGCUGGACAGAGGAAGGCCAGUUGGAAUGGAGAGGCAGCACUCCCCAUGAUAUCCAGAGGAGGAAAUUGUCCCGGGCUAAUACCCUGGCCGCCUGUGCUUUUUCUGCUUCUGCUGCCCGUGACAGUGCCCUCGGCCCCCGAAACACGCAGCUGGAUGGCCUGAGGGAACAUGAAACUCAACUACGGCGCACUUCCACCGAUCCGGUUCGUAACCUCGACUUGUACAGAAUAUCGGAAAUGGGACCAAAACAACAACUACAACAGCUACAACAAGUUGGUUUCGGAAAGGCAGGAGGCUCUGCUGAUGCCAUCGAUGCGAAAAAGGAAUCCCCACAGGAGAUGGGAAAGCCCACUCUUUCUGAUACUCCCUCCUCUGCUCCCCCCGUCCCCGAUGUAGCUGGCAGAUACCCCCAACGGUUAUCGCUUCCCACCGAAACACACAUGGAAACAAGCCAUAGUAAUCGGCCUAAAGGCUUUUGGCAAUUUCAUAAUAACCCCCUUCGGUUUCUUCGUUACAAUCUACGGCCUCAACAUCGUUGCAUGGGGUGCAAUGAUAUUCUUCCUCCCUGCUCAAUGCCGCGCCGGCAAUGUAUUCUCAACGCCCUCUUCUGCGUUACGGGCUUCGGCCUCAUUCCCUGGCGCUUCAGGGACUUCUGCUACCUCCUUCAAUGGCGGCUGAUGAACUCGCACACCGCCCUCCGCAAGCUGGCAGGCAUCCAUAGAGCUUGGUUCAGGUUAGCCAACAGCGAUAAACUACCUGAUGAUGUCGGCCCUCCCCCCGUCUACUCUUCCUCACCGUCAUCUACAACCAACAACAACAGUAUCCCAAUGCACAAUCUCUCCGAACUCCAAUCCAACCCCGCCCUCCCACUGCCACCCUCCUCCAUCCCCCCAGCCCCUCUAACGGGCGCCCGCGCACCACCGACAAAACCCUACCUCCUCGACCUCCUCGUCUGGAUGUACGUGAUCAACACAGCUCUGCAAGCCUGUCUGGCAGGCAUAAUGUGGGGAUUUAACCGGUUUACGCGACCUAGUUGGGCGGUGGGGUUUCUCGUUGCUGCGGGCUCUCUAACGGGGAUGGUUGCGGGAGGAAUUACGUUUUGGGAAGGGAAAAGGGUGAAGAUGGUUGAGGGGGUUCCGGUUGAAAUGGUAGAAAAUGAAGAUGAGGAAGCGGGGGCUGCUGGGGAGAGGAGACGGGGUGGGGAACAAAAUUCGUUUGAGAGGAGGAAAAAGUUGGCUAGGCGGCGGACGAAGAGCUGGAAGAGGCAGGCGAACUGGUAUCGGCGGAUUUGA